UGCGUGCUUACAAGACUAUGCCCUAUUUGCCCAUUUAAUGUUCGCUACGAGUAUCAUGCUGGCCAGCUUACUAGGUACUCGGCUUUUGUCGGGGGCCAGGCAAUCAAAUGGGACGUUACAUCUCCACUUUCUCUCUGUAACUUGUACCUACCGUACCGGACGAUGCACCUCACAUUCCAUUCCAUGGACAUCGCCAUCUUGAAUCAUGGCUCCACCCACUUUUGAGCGCCUCGCGCCUGGAUGGGUCAUGUCAUCAUCAAUGGCCGAGGACAUUCGACGUCUCGAAAGCAUAAUAUCAGAGCUCAAGGGAAACUGUGGUCUACGCCACAAUAAAAUACAUCUUCAAACUUCACAAUCUUGUUUGCCAUCCAUACUCCAAUCAUGCCAUCUGCAAUUCCCACUGGAAGAGAGACGAUCACGAAGUUCACGAACUGUCGGCUGGUUAAGGGCGAUGAGUUGGUAGAGCAAGACUUGUGGGUCAGCUCCGAGACGGGGAAGAUCGUGAGGAGUCAAGAAGCAUUCUAUGGGGACCACUCGGUACCAGACGUCACCAUCAACCUCGGGGGAAAGAUCAUAUCGCCAGGUCUAAUUGAUGUGCAACUGAACGGCGCAUUCGGGUUCAAUUUCUCGCAAAUACCUGACGAUGCCUCGACUUAUGGGAAGACAUUGAAGCAAGUCAACAAGCUGCUGGUUCAGACGGGUGUCACUUCAUAUCUCCCAACAAUGACUUCAGAGCGGAAGGAAGUCUACCAACAGGCGCUGCCCUACCUUGGCCCGUCAGGCUUUCCUCGAAAUGCAGAGAAUGGAGCUGAAUCUCUGGGAGCCCAUUGUGAAGGUCCGUUUCUGAGUCCUAGCAAAAAUGGAAUCCACAAGGUCGAGAACAUAAUACCCGCAAUCAAUGGAUUCAGCGAUCUGGAAGAUUGCUAUGGAGCAGGCAAUAUCAAUCCUACUCUGUCUCCUUUCGAUGGAGCCAUUCGACCUCCUCAAAUUAAGAUGAUAACUGCGGCUCCAGAAGUGGCAGCCAUGACCCAAACUAUUCCAGAUAUUACAUCGAGAGGCAUACUGUACUCGAUCGGACACACGGAAGCCACUUACGAGGAAGCGUCAGCAGCGGUUGCAGCAGGUGCUACCAUGAUCACACAUCUCUUCAACGCCAUGCGACCUCUGCAUCACAGGAAUCCAAAUGUUUAUGGGGUACUUGGAAUUGCCGAGUCGCUACCCCGUCCGUAUUUUGGCAUCAUCGCGGAUGGGAUACACUUGCACCCAACCAGUAUCAAGAUCGCCUUUAAUGCACACCCAGACGGAUUCAUCCUCGUAACGGACGCCAUGCAUCUCGUUGGACUGCCAGAUGGCGUCUAUGAGUGGACGAAUGGAGAGAGAAUUGUAAAGACGGGCCCAAAACUGGUACUGGAAGGAAGCGACAAGAUUGCUGGAAGUUCCAUUACGCUCAUUGAGUGCGUGACCAACUUCCUCAAUUGGUCCGGAGCGAGCAUCCCCCAGGCAUUAAAAGCAGUUACGGCAACACCAGCCGCAAUGCUGGGAUUGAGUGAUGUAAAGGGCAACUUGAAGGGAGACGCCGACGCGGAUCUAGUGAUCAUCGAUGAGGUGGUUGAUGAGUUUGGUAAGAAGACUUUGAUAAUCGAUCAAGUCUGGAAGUUCGGAAGCAAGGUCUUCGAUCGUUCGGAGUAAACAGCGCUUGAUUUUGGUUGGUGGGAAGACUGUAUGCAUAUCAGCGGCGUUGCGGUCUCGGUCUAGACAAAUUGGAAA